GCUUCUAUAUAUACUUUUUGAUUCCCGAAGGGGAAGUGUUCAGCGGGUGCGGUUGCUAUGUAAAUUUCGAUAAGUUUUCUGCUCAAACAAUCGCUCAUCACAACAGGGGCGAUAAAGUUGACGACUCACCACAACUAUAGAGUGAAAAUAAAAGAAAUAGAAAUUGUGGGGAAAGUUUGUAUUAAUCAAACAUGGCCUGCAGUUGCAGCCCACUGUUCUUUGUCUUUUUGCGCAAAAAUCUACUGUACUUAAAAUGCAACUUUGUGCCGCUCUUGUUAAUCUCAAUCGGGUUCAUAGGAGUGCUGUUUGGGUACCUCCAUUGGUCAACCAAACCCGUUCAUUAUCAACUGCAGGAGUUUGAGCCCAAAAAUGAGAUGGUCCUAAAAGAAACUUACUUUCCCGGAAAUGAAUUCGACUACAUAUACUAUGCACCCAGUACCUCCAAUGUGGAGGACGUCAUGGAUUUCCUGCGGCUUGAUCUCGGGAUUAUACCAGAAAGGCUGCGCACCUAUAACAAUAGUCACGAGAUGCAGUUAGACAUGGAGCAGCAGUGCCGGGAGAGCUGUUUUGCCAUCAACUUCCACCAGGUUCCGGAUCAGGGCUCUCCGGGGAAGUUUCAAUACAGUCUGAGCUCGAAUCAGAUGCGCAUUUCGCCCAGGAAACGUUUUGUAAACGAUGAGGAGAUCAAUCAUCAGAAAGAUGACGACGAUUAUAUACGCACCGGAUUCCUGACCCUACAGAAUGUUUUGGACAAGCAGUAUAUGAAAUACCAAAAGCUGAACACUAAGUAUGAUCUGCUGGUCAGCUCGAUGCCCAAUCUAGAGGUUAUAAGCAUGGAUAGCCAUCGGCUAACCUACUUUGGCACCCUGUGCAGCAUUCUGUUCAAUGUGGUUCUGCUGAGUACCUUUGUCGUGCCUUUUGUGGAGGAGAAGCAGAACGGGUUGAAGGAAUUCCUUAACUUGGUCACGCCCUUGAGUUUCCUGAACGGCCUUACCUUCUUUCUCAUUCGCUUUGUGUGCUACAUAGCGCUGAUAAUUUGUAUCCUGAUCGUGGCUUAUGUUUACAAGGCACUGGGGCUGAUCUGCUUCGCUUAUGUGGCGCUGUUGUUUCUGCUUUAUAUUCUAUCCACCAUGUCGUACGCUUAUCUGAUAUCUGUCUGUUUUCAUUCAGUUUUUUAUGCGAAGAUCGGUGGCCUUGUUAUGUUGAUCAUUCCCUAUGUGUUUUCUUUUGUGAGAAGCUGGGCCACAUCGAUAGCUUUUGUCUUAUUCAGCACAAAUGCAUUCUUGGAGGGAUUAGAUGUUUUUCAGACAUUCUCUAAUAAGCAUCGGGAAUUCGGGGCUGCGGAUCUGUUCAGAGAAAUCAAAUACGAUUCUUCUAGAAUGUUUUGGGUCUAUGUUGUGCUCGUUUUUCAAUCCUUUCUGUACGCCCUGCUCUACAACUACUUGGGUUGUGUGUUUCCCGGUCCCGGAGGUCUAAAGAGACCAGUUUUCUUUUUCCUAGACCCCAAGACCUACCAGAAGCGACAACGCAAUGAGUACACGACAGCACCUCGUGGCACCCAUGCCAUAAUAAUUACGGAGUUGUGCAAAAAGUUCCAGACAAGUAAGCGCGAAACGCUAAUUUCGGACAACCUAAAUAUGACAAUCAACAACAAGGAGAUUACGGUUCUACUGGGCCACAAUGGUGCUGGCAAGACCACCAUGAUGAACAUGAUUAUGGGAUUGGUACCCAAGGAUUCGGGAAAGAUUAUUGUGUGCAGUGAGCGGGAUGUUGCCUCCUAUCGACACCUGAUCGGCUUCUGUCCCCAGCACAGUGUAUUCAUGAGCUACAUGACCUGCAAACAGCACUUGGAGUUUUUUGCCCAGCUGCGUGGUUCUAGUCGCUCCGAUGCACGUGUUUGGGCGGAUGAGAAGUUAAAGAAACUGGGAUUGAGCGAAAAGCGAGACGAUUUCGGUCGAAAUUUGUCUGGAGGCAUGAAGAGACGUCUUUCGCUGGGCAUCGCAAUUGCCGGAAAUACGAAAAUCGUAAUCCUUGAUGAACCUUCGUCAGGGUUGGACAUAAAUUCACGUCGUGAACUGUGGGAUAUUCUUCUAACUCUGCGCAAGGAAAAGGCCAUUCUGGUUACCACCCACUACAUGGAGGAGGCCGAGGUUCUUGGGGAUACCAUCUGCAUUCUGGCCAAUGGCAAACUGCAAAGCAUUGGCUCCCCGUUGGAAUUAAAGCGAAAGUCAGGCAUCGGCUAUCGUUUAAAAUUGGAGGUCAACGACUUUACAUACCGCCAAAACGAAAUAAUGGAAAUAAUCCAUGACUUUGUGCCAACAGCCCGAGUCUUGAAUGUGGUGAAGCCUACUGUAUAUAUUUGUCUGCCGUACGCUUAUAAAAAAAGCUUCUCAGAAAUGCUACAUAAGCUGGAAAAUAAAAGAAGUCUGUUGGGCAUAAAUACAAUUUCCAUGACAGACACUUCACUGGAGGAUGUUUUCUUAAGAUGUGCUGGGGAGCAAGAUCAAGUGGACACCCCAGAUGGUUCAAGGAAUGAUGCUCCGUUACUAACCCAAUAUAAAAGAUUGCCCAGCCAACCGAUGCAACCCAGUCUGCAGCAACUUUGGAUGGCGGUCUUUUACAAAAAGUGGACUUUUAUCUCCAAUGAAUGGUUAUAUUCCCUGAUAAUGAUGUGUAUUCCCUUUGUUUGCGUUUGUGGGGCUAUACUUGUUAUGCACGCCAUGUCGAUAGUGGAGAACGAGGAGGCUCUGCCGCUAAAACUCAACCAAAUGGGCAGUGGCAUUAUUUACAUUCACAAUCCGACGGGCCAUCAUUCCCAAGUGGAGCAACAGCUGCGUCAGCAAAUCGAGCUAAAUGGAAUCACUGUGAAAACAAUGCAACUGCGUGGGAGUAAUGAUAUACAAAAUGAAACCCUCGAGUUGCAAAGCGAAAACUUGGCUGAUUUCCUGCAACAGGUGAUUGGCAUCAUUGACAUGUACGGCGGUGGGCGUGUGACCGCAGAUUCACCCUCUAUAGAAAUCAUAUACUCGGGAAAUCGCUACCACAGCUCUGUGGAGCUGGUUAACCUGGUAAACUCGGCAAUGCUGAAGUUAGAGCUUCAAGGAUCGGACAUUGAUGCUACAUACGUGCCCAUCCGUCGAUUUAUCAGCGACGUCAGUCCCUCUCGCCUGGAAUACUAUGCUGUUAUAGUUUCCGUUGGAAUGUUCUUCUUCAUGUUCUACUUUAUCUCGCUGCCGUUCAGGGAAUACGCCAAUGGAUUCCGGCAGCUGCAGACAAUGUCACGAUUUACUUACUGGCUGUCCCAUUUUGCCUUUGAUGUUCUACUGCUAACCUUUGUUUGCACCUUACUGUUUCUGCUGCAGCAUUUGAUUAUGCCCGUCGAACUCUAUUCCACUGCAGAGCUGAGAGUCAUUGUUAUGAGUAUCUUCUUUUACGGCUGCAGCUACUUGCCUAUUUUGUAUGCCCUAGGAAACAAUUUCAAGUCUAUUUCCACGAUAUCCACGUAUUUGCUUUUGAUGCUGAUUGUGUCAGCGAUUGCUCCCCUGAUCACCUCCAGUAAUGCGGCGGCCAUGAAACUUCAUGAAACCAAGAUUGCCUUCCUUUGUUUUUUGCCGGACUUUAACCUUAACCACCAGUUGCGCAUCAUCAACGAGAAUUUCAUUGAACGUCGUCGUUCGGGACACAUAAAGCAACUUGUCUGCGAGGAGACUUUCUUUGCUUAUGCAUGUGCCGUUUGCUUCUCCGUUAUGGCAUUCUUUACCAUCGUGCUGGAGCACAAGUAUCUGCGUCGACGAAUACAUAAUGGCGUCUGGAGUUGGUCAUUCCAGCAAAAGAAGAACAACUCGACGGGCACAAUUCCAAGUACCCCACUUUCGGUUAUCGAUGAUUGCGAAAAAGAAGAACAGCGAGUUAAGGAGCUUAUGGAGCAUCCCAAGCCGGAGUACCCACUUAUAGUUAGCAAACUGCGAAAGCGAUAUAAGGAUAAGGUAGCUGUGGACGGACUAAGCUUUGCGGCAACAAAAGGAGAGUGCUUCGGUCUUCUGGGCGUUAAUGGAGCGGGCAAGACCAGUACCUUCCAGAUGAUAGCAGCCAAUUUGCCGUUGGAUGGUGGCAACAUACGCAUCGAUGGCAUUGAAAUUCGCAAGGAUGAGGUGGCCUAUCGCCAUUGUUUUGGCUACUGUCCGCAGUACGACGCCCUAAACAAAUUCAUGACCGCUGAGCAGUGUCUGCAUUACAUGGCCAUGCUUCGGGGAUUGAGUACCUCAACCGAGGGUUCAGGCAGCGUUAAGGAGAACGUUAAAUACUGGCUGGAGAAGAUGCAUCUAACAAAGUAUCAGCAGGUUCAAGUGCGCCACUACUCGGGCGGCACAAAGCGUAAGCUUCUUGCUGCAAUGGCCAUGAUCGGUGCCCCUUCAUUGGUUCUCCUCGAUGAACCUACCACGGGAGUCGAUCCCAUCUCGAGACGUUUUCUCUGGCAGUGCAUCAAGGACUUUCAGGGACAGGACCGAACGGUGGUGCUCACGUCGCACAGCAUGGACGAGUGUGAAGAACUGUGUAAUCGUUUAGCCAUCAUGGCUGGUGGCAAAUUCAAGUGUCUAAAUAAUAUCUGCGCGCUCAAGCGAUUAAGCGGCUUUACAAUAAAACUGAAAAUGAAGGAGGACACCGAAACGGACGAGAAUGUGAGCACGAUCACAACCACGCUGAAAUCACAGUUUCCUGGGCUGGAACAGCGAGAAAACCACGCUGGCACACUUACCUACUUUGUGGGCACACAGGAGAGUAUAGUCCACUGGUCGGAUGUGUUUAAGAUAACCGGGGAUUACUUAGAUAAUCGGUUAAGCGAUCUGGUCGCAGAUUAUUCUGUGAACGAAUGUACCCUGGAGGAUAUUUUCCUCAAGUUCGAAAAGCAGUCGAAAUCCCAAUCAGAGUCACCUCAAUCUUCGCUGCAACACAUUUCGGGAAGCAAUUACGUAUAAACCUGGCAGACAGGUGUAUUUAAAUAUCAAAAAGCGACAGAGCUCAAGACUGCCGUCGUGGGGAUCGGGCUCACCUUUUCCGCGACACCAUCCAUCAUCUGUAUAAAUUCCACUUAACACGUUCCUCGGCCAGUAUUCACUUUCUUUACGAAUCUCUUAACUUAGAGAAAGCUUAAUUUCUCGACGGCAGUCACUUUGGCUCUUAGCAGUCGGCAGGAUUCCUCUACUUAACGAAUGCAUGUGUACCGACUAAUCAAAUCUAACAAAGACGGAAAGUUUGUGUAUGAAAUGUGCAACAAUUAUAUUUAUUUUUUAAGUAUAAGCAUAAUUAAAAAACCUAAUUAUUAAGCACUAUAUUUGGUUACAAUUAUCGGAAUAAUUUGUGUAAUAUGAAAAGAUCUUUAACAUUUCUCAUCAUACAUAAAAUGUAUAUUUAGUCACCCCACAUUUUAGUAUUCCAAAAUGAAAAUAUUACAAAUAUUAUUAUUCAUUUAAUAAAGAUUUCUAUUAUUUAUA